UAUCUAUAGUAUACUGCGCUGUCUAUUUGGCCUCUGCAGUUUCCGCCAUCUGAAAAUCGCGAAAAUGCAGAGCUCGGCAAUCUCGUUUUCUUCGCCGAUUUCGGCUCCGAGAAAGCAUGCCGCCGGCGCCGCCGCCUCAUCCAUCUACCGCUUCAAUCCUAUUUCUCUCUCGCCUUCGCGUCCGGCGCCGCUUCAGCUGCGUCUCGGCUCCGCCAAUGGCGUCGCCGCAGCAAGGAAGCUUGGCUCGAUCCGCUGCUCUUCGGAUUCCAGCUCCUCCGCCCCGAAACUGAGCCUAGACGGGUGGAUUUCCUCCCCGCUGCCCGCUUCCGAACGCGAAUCGGGUGGAGUUGAGGUUCGGGCCGCGUCUGUGCCCGAGAGCGCCGGAGAGGCCUCGCAGUCUAACAAGUUGGGUGACACGCUCGUGCUUGGAUCGCUGUUCGGGCUCUGGUACCUGUUUAAUAUCUACUUCAAUAUCUACAAUAAGCAGGUUCUUAAAGUCUUCCAUUUCCCGGUAACAGUUACUCUUGUUCAAUUUGCUGUUGGUUCAGUCCUUGUUACUCUCAUGUGGACAUUAAAUCUUUACAAACGACCUAAAAUCAGCGGUGCACAGCUUGCAGCAAUCCUGCCAUUGGCUGUGGUGCAUACCUUAGGCAACCUGUUUACCAAUAUGAGUCUUGGAAAAGUUGCUGUUUCAUUCACUCACACAAUUAAAGCUAUGGAGCCCUUCUUCUCUGUUGUCCUCUCAGCUAUGUUUUUGGGCGAGUUUCCUACUGUGUGGGUUGUGUCUUCCCUUCUUCCAAUUGUUGGUGGAGUGGCACUAGCCUCAAUGACUGAGCCUUCUUUUAAUUGGGCUGGCUUUUGGAGUGCUAUGGCCUCUAAUUUGACCAAUCAAUCUCGUAAUGUCCUCAGCAAAAAGUUUAUGGUUAAGAAAGAGGAAUCAUUGGACAACAUUACUCUCUUCUCAAUAAUUACAAUCAUGUCCUUCUUCUUAUUGGCCCCUUUUGCUCUGUUCAUGGAAGGAGUCAAGUUCACACCUGCAUACCUCCAAUCUGCUGGGUUGAAUGUCAACCAGAUUUACACUAGGUCUCUCCUUGCGGCUCUCUGCUUCCAUGCUUAUCAACAGGUUUCUUACAUGAUAUUGCAGAGAGUGUCUCCUGUCACCCAUUCUGUGGGUAACUGUGUGAAGCGAGUGGUAGUCAUUGUGACCUCAGUUCUCUUCUUCCGUACACCUGUAACAGCAAUCAAUGCUAUUGGAACCGGGGUGGCCCUUGCGGGAGUUUUCCUGUACUCAAGGGUUAAACGCAUCAAGCCUAAGCCCAAAACAGCUUGAACUUUAGGCCUUUAGCACGAUGAAGCAGCACCGGUGGGUGUCCUGGCUGCAAUUUUCCAUUGUGUUGUCUUUGUCGAAUUCUUUUGGCAGAUAGUGUCUGAAAACUUGAUAAUCUCUCCGUGUUGAACCUGUUCUGCCAUAGCUUUGUAGUUCCUUUAAGAGUUAGUGGCUGUUCCAUAUAUUCUUGUAGCUUUAGUAGUGCCUCGUCCGCAACUUUGGAGAAAAAAAACCUGUUAAACUGUAGAAUUUGCUAAGAGAUUCUGUUUUCCAAAUCCAUAUUGCUAUAUGAUGGUGCGUCAAAUAUUUUCUUUGCUAUAGAGCGCCCGGCUUUUGUUUA